UUUAAAUUCUCAACAUGCCGGGUCUACAAAAUUUGAGGUUACUCCGUAACAAUAAACAAUUGUUAUUAAUUAAAAAUAACAACAAUAAGUGUAUCAAUAUAAAAAGAUUAUAUGCAAAUAAAUGGGACAUGCCAGAAGCAGAAGUGACAUUGUCAAAUGGAAAAAAACUAAUGACACUGGCAACUGGCAAAAUAGUUGAAUUCGCUGAUGGAAGCGGUUUUGUAAAGAUGGGAAACACUCGCGUGUUAUCCACGUGUGUUAGCAAAAGUCACACAUCAACAUCAAGUGGUUUUUUACCAUUAACAGUUGAUUAUCAACAAGAAUUACGUCACAUUGUUAAAAGACCAACAAAUCGUUAUCAAGAAACAUUAACAAGUCGUUAUAUUGACAGAUCAGUACGUCCAUUAUUUCCAUCUGAUUAUUUAUAUGAUAUACAAUUGAGUUCACAUCCAAUAGCUAAAGAUGGAAUAAAUGAUCCAGAUGUAUUGGCAAUAAAUGCAGCAUCAUUAGCACUUGCAACAUCAGAUAUACCAUGGAAUGGACCAGUUGCUGCUGUUAGAGUUGGUCUUAUUGAUAAUGAAGUUGUUAUUAUGCCAACAAGACAUGAAAGAGAAAAAAGUAAUUUAGAAUUAAUUGUUACUGCUGUUAAUAAUAAUAAUCUUGUUAUGCUUGAUGGUUAUGCUGAUAAAGUAUUAAUACAAGAUGUUAAAAAAGCUAUUAAACAAGGUGUCAAAGAAUGCCAAUUAAUAAUACAAGGUAUUAAAAAAUUAAGUAAAGAUUAUGGUAAAAUAAAAAGAGAAUAUGAACCAGUUAUUAAAGUAACUGAUGAAUUAAAAGAUACAAUUAAAUCAAUUGCUGAAAUUAAAUUACGUGAUAUAUUUAGUGAUUAUAAACAUGAUAAAAUGUCGCGAGAUAAAUCAUUAAAUAAUCUUAGAAAUAAUAUACUUGAAACAAUGAAAAAAAGUGUAUCAGAUCUUGAUUUAUCAGCAGUUGUUGAAACAUUUAAUGUUAUUAGUAAAGAAAUAUUUAGAUCACUUAUAUUUGAAAAUGACAUAAGAUGUGAUGGUAGAAAAUUAACUGAUUUACGUGAUAUUAAAUGUAUUGUUGGUGAGGAUGAAUCACUUCAUGGUUCAGCAUUAUUUCAACGUGGACAAACACGUGUACAUUGUACAGUAACACUUGAUUCACUUGAGACAGCUGCUAAAAUGGAUAGAAUAUCAAUGUUAAAAAGUGGAAUUAAAGAUAAAAAUUUUUAUCUUGAUUAUGUAUUUCCACCAUAUGCAACAAAUGAAAUUGGUAAAUUUGGACCACCUGGUAGACGUGAAAUUGGACAUGGUGCACUUGGUGGUAGAGGUCUAUAUCCAAUUGUUCCUGAUGAUUAUCCAUUUACUGUUGGUAUUAAUAGUGAAGUGUUAUCAUCAAAUGGCUCAUCAUCAAUGGCAACUGUGUGUGGUGGUAGUCUUGCUAUGCUUGAUGCUGGUGUACCAAUAUCAUCACCAGCAUCAGGUGUUGCUAUUGGUGUUGUUACUAAAUACAAUAAUUCAUCACCAGAUAAAAUUGAAGAUUAUAGAAUAUUAACUGAUUUAUUAGGCAUUGAGGAUUAUUUAGGUGAUAUGGAUUUUAAAAUUGCUGGUACAGAUAAAGCAAUAACAUCUUUGCAAGCUGAUAUUAAAAUACCAGGAAUGCCAUUGUCAAUUAUUAUGGAAAGUUUAAAUAGAGCACAUACUGCUAAUAAUAAAAUUAUCAAUAUUAUGAAUGCAGCAUUAUCAAAACCUAGAGUUGGUAAACCAAAUAUGCCAGUUAGUGAAAUUAUUGAAGUUCCAAUUCAUCAAAGAGGCAAGUUUUUAGGUAGUGGUGGAAGAAAUAUUAAUAGAAUUUAUGAAAUAACUGGUGUUACUAUUACAAAUCAAGAUGAAAAUUGUUUUUCUUUAUUUGCACCAAAUGAAACAGCAAUGAAAGAAGCUAAAGAUAUUAUUGAUGAGUUAUUAGUAGAAGAUAAAGUACCAGAAUUUGAAUUUGGUGGUAUUUAUACAGCUAAAAUUGUUGAAAUGCGUGAUAAUGGUGUUAUGCUUACAUUACAUCCAAAUAUGCGUCCAGCAUUUGUUCAUGUAUCACAAUUAGAUACACGUUCAGUUGUUCAUCCAAGUGCUCUUGGUUUUGACGUUGACCAUGAACUUAAAGUCAAAUAUUUUGGACGUGAUCCAACAUCUGGAUUUAUGAGAUUAUCAAGAAAAGCCAUUAUUGCUACUGGUGCUGGACCAGAAAAAAAUUUUCACGAUCAAAAAUAAAUAAUUUUUUAUAGACAUUAUUUAGACAAA